AUGAGAGCACAAUACGUCUUAGCCACAGUGUGCUUGGCCUUCCUAGUGUCCGCAACAAGCGCCGCAAGAAUAAAUCCCUCAUUGACAGCUCUCGAUACCUCUGCAUAUCGUCGCGUACUAUGCCUUAAUAAGGCCAAUGGAUUCCGCGCUCUAGUGCCCGGCAGUUGUGCGGACUACUAUGAGUGCCAGGGUGGCUCCGCUAUAGUGGGCACCUGUCCGCGCUUCUUUGACCCAAAGGUACAAGACUGUGUCAAUUACGAUACGGGCUGCAUCGUGAUUGUUCCCUUGGGCGCCAAUACUGUUGCUUCCCAGGAUCCUUGCACAUCCACACCACCAUGUGAGACCACAACUCCAUGUGUGACAACUCCUCCAUGUGAGACCACAACUCCAUGUGUGACCACACCUCCAUGUGAGACCACGACCACAUGUGUGACCACACCUCCAUGUGAGACCACACCGGCCACAACUUCGUGUGUGACCACACCGGCCACAACUUCGUGCGUGACCACACCGGCCACAACUUCGUGCGUGACAACACCGGCUACAACUUCGUGUGUGACCACACCGGCCACAACUUCGUGCGUGACAACACCGGCCACAACUUCGUGCGUGACCACACCGGCCACAACUUCGUGUGUGACAACACCGGCCACAACUUCGUGCGUGACCACACCGGCCACAACUUCGUGCGUGACAACACCGGCCACAACUUCGUGUGUGACCACACCAGCCACAACUUCGUGCGUGACAACACCGGCCACAACUUCGUGCGUGACAACACCGGCCACAACUUCGUGCGUGACAACACCGGCCACAACUUCGUGCGUGACAACACCGGCCACAACUUCGUGCGUGACAACACCGGCCACAACUUCGUGUGUGACCACACCAGCCACAACUUCGUGCGUGACAACACCGGCCACAACUUCGUGUGUGACAACACCGGCCACAACUUCGUGUGUGACAACACCGGCCACAACUUCGUGUGUGACAACACCGGCCACAACUUCGUGUGUGACAACACCGGCCACAACUUCGUGCGUGACCACACCGGCCACAACUUCGUGUGUGACAACACCGGCCACAACUUCGUGCGUGACCACACCGGCCACAACUUCGUGCGUGACAACACCGGCCACAACUUCGUGUGUGACAACACCGGCCACAACUUCGUGCGUGACCACACCGGCCACAACUUCGUGUGUGACAACUCCGGCCACAACUUCGUGCGUGACCACACCGGCCACAACUUCGUGUGUGACCACACCGGCAACAACUCCAUGUGAGACCACACCGGCAACAACUCCAUGUGAGACCACGACCACAUGUGUGACAACUCCUCCAUGUGAGACCACGACCCCGUGUGUGACAACGCCUCCAUGUGAGACCACGACCCCAUGUGUGACAACGCCUCCAUGUGAGACUACACCUCCAUGUGAGACCACAACGCCGUGCACCCCGACACCACCCUGCAACACGGCCAACGGUGCACAAAUCGUCGCCUCGAAGCUUAAUUUUAGACCAGCAAGACCCGCACUGGGACGCCCUCUGAUUGAAGCCCAGAAGUUCAAUCUGCAGAAGCCUCAGGCGACCUCUCAUGCGGUUAACAUCAAUACCUACACCAACUACGUGUGCGCUGACAAACCCGAUGGCUUCAUGCUGGCGUCACUGAAGAGCUGUAACGACUACUAUAUCUGUCGCUUCGGCAAACCGAUGUCGGUCAGCUGUGGCCAGAAGUACUUCAACGCUCUGAAGGGUAUGUGCGAUUUGCCCGAAAAUACCCGCUGUGUGCAGCCAAUAGUCUAA